AUGAGAUCUUGGCUCGAAUUCUUGAUGGAUGUGCUGGCGAUUCAGAGGAUCGAUUUUAGUCUCACAACUCCCUUGGACUCCAGGAAUUUAGACAUUGAAGGUCUAACAAGGGUUCUGGAGGGGAUUGACAUAAGGCUUUUAGCUGUUGAUUUCUCAUCGGCAACCCCAAGAUUCGAUGAAUUGGCUUCGAAGCUCUUCUGGGCCAACUUACCAUCUGCGAAUCAAGUUCUAAUUCGAAACUGUCUGUACAGAGACUCACAGGAUUAUCAGAAAGUUUUCAUUCAGAACCUCGACAGACUAGUUCUUAAGCCAACUCUUCUAUUCACCCUGGAAGACCUUCUCUCAUGCGGCAGCUCUUGUAUAAAAAUCCCGAACACUUCACCGUUCACCGAUAAGGAUUUCAACCUGUUCAUGAAGCAUUGGAUACGAGGAUCCAACCCGAACCUUGAGUAUCUCACAAUCAAUGCAACAACUGAUUUGAGAGAACAUUUCAUGACUUACUGGUAUUUAUUGAAAGGGAUUAAUUUUCACGAUGGACCGGGUCCGGGUGCUCUUCGUGGCACCUAUCGGAUCAAUGGCCAUAGUGGAAGUUAUCACUGGAAACAUGAGAAAAUUGUGGAGUUGAAGGGUGGCGUAGAUGUUGAAAACGCGGAUGGAACGAUAGCUACGAUCGUUUUGUGGUAUGAUGAGGUGGAAGUGCAACAUUUAACUUUUGAGAUGAGAGUUUGGCGGUAUGAUGAAUUAGUUCAAAGUUGA